GUCGUUUACGUCAAGUGUCCGUCAAUGUCCUUGGCUCCGUUAUUACAUUUUUUUAGUUGCCAAAAAGAAGUUCUUCAACCAAAGACCCUGGAAACAUAAAUACAAGAUCAAAAUCUCGCGUGUUUUUAUUUAAUUAAAUACUUGACAUUUCUAUUUUAUUCGAUUUUUCCUAAAACGUGCAUAUCAACAAUCACACAACCAUGCUGACGUCAACAAUUAGGACUCUUGCUCGACGAACAUUCUCAACAUCAAAAUGUGCAGGUGCACAGACAUUAACAGUUCGAGAAGGAUUAAAUGCAGCAAUGGACGAGGAAAUUGCACGAGACGAUCGAGUAUUUCUUCUUGGAGAAGAGGUAGCUCUUUACGAUGGAGCUUACAAAAUUUCCAGGGGUCUUUGGAAAAAAUAUGGUGACGCACGUAUUUAUGACACUCCAAUAACUGAAUCCGGAUUCGCAGGUCUCGCAGUCGGUGCUGCAAUGGCAGGACUACGGCCAAUUUGCGAAUUUAUGACCUUCAAUUUCUCAAUGCAAGCAAUUGAUCACGUUAUAAAUUCAGCGGCAAAAACAUUAUAUAUGUCCGCGGGUCUGAUAAAUGUACCAAUUGUAUUUCGUGGACCAAAUGGCGCAUCAGCUGGUGUUGGUGCACAACAUUCACAAUGUUUUGGUGCAUGGUACAGUCAUUGUCCAGGAUUAAAAGUCGUUUCACCUUAUUCAUGUGAAGAUGCUAAGGGACUUUUAAAAUCGGCUAUACGCGAUCCGGAUCCAGUUGUUGUACUCGAGAAUGAACUUAUGUAUGGUUAUAAAUUUAAUAUGUCUGAUGAAGCAAUGUCCAAAGAUUUUCUAGUCCCUAUUGGAAAGGCAAAAAUUGAACGUCCAGGAAAACACAUUACACUCGUUGCACAUUCCAAGGCUUGUGAAACGGCACUUCAGGCAUGUGAAGAACUCGCUGGACAAGGAAUUGAAGCUGAAAUGAUUAAUCUUCGUUCACUUAGGCCAUUAGAUAUCAAUACAAUAGUAAAAUCUGUAGCCAAAACGAAUCAUUGCAUCACAGUUGAACAUGGAUGGCCUCAUUGUGGUAUUGGUGCUGAAAUUUCAGCUCGAAUUAUGGAAAGUGAGGCGUUCUAUCAUCUGGACGCACCAGUAAUUCGAGUAACGGGUGUUGAUGUUCCUAUGGCAUAUGCUAGUUCAUUGGAAGAGGUAUCAAUUUGUCGAAAGGAUGAUGUAGUAUUUACAGUCAAGAAAGUUCUCGGAGUAGCUAAGUAGUAAAUUGUGCGCAAAAUUUAGAUACAUUUCCUCAGCUCCUUUCCUGUUUUUCUUUUCGAAUCGUCCAAUCUUUCCUCCCGUCAUAUAUUAUAUGCUUUCUAUUUAUUGAAAGUUAGUACAAAGUGGACAUAAAUUAGUUACAAUUUGAAAAAUAUAUCUAGAUAGUUUAUCAUAUUUCUUCCAAUAUUGGUUUAUAAGUUCAACGUUCUUUUUUUGGAUUAUUUAAGAGUUUUUGCCUUGAAAAGGAAUUUCAAAAAGAAAGUAUUCAAAAUCACUGCCAUCGCUAUUUUUUUUUGGAGUUUAUGAAAAAAUCAUCUAUUUUCCGUGAGAUGUAACUUAAAUGUUAAAAAUUAUUUCCUGUUAUUGUUUUGUAGAACAUUUCACGAAAAAUUCAUGAUUUCUAUAUGAAAUUAUCAAUAUUUUUCAAAAAGAGGUUUCAUUACGAAAAGGAAAAGAAUGUCAGGUGUAAAUUGUAAUAAGUUAUUUAUUUCAAUUUUACAUUGUCUCACUCUCUCUCUCUAUCUCUCGAUUAGGAAAAUUCUUGCCAAAAGAAAAUCUCAAGUUGAACAUUUUUCAAUUAUUAAGGAAGAAAACGACUAGACAUUUCAUUUGACUGUGUCAAAGAAUCAGUUUUAUGAAGAAUUGGCAUUGUAAUGCGACACUUAUUUUGUGUUUGCAUUUGUUCGUAAAUUAUUUAUUAUUACAGAAAAUUAAUAAAAUUGUAACAUAUGACAAAAA